UCAGCGUAAUCGCCCGUGUCUUGUAGCUGAAAGUGAGAGGCGAAUUAAAACUUUUCAAAGAACAAUAAUACAUUGAAGCAUGUCCGAUAUGAUCGACGAUAUUAUUACGAGGAAUCUGAUCAAUCUGGGUUUAGAUGAUUCAUUCACCCAGCAACAAAUGAAAUCAAUGGUACCUCGUUUAAACCGUUCAACGUCCUUCUUCUCACCAAAGAGUCAUGGUGUACCCAAUGAGCAAUUGAACGAUGAUACCACCUGGCCACUUGACAUUUGGAGCAAGAUUGCUCCAACCAAACAGGCUUCCUUCAGACCUGACCGCUCUAUGAGUCUGACCGAAAGUAAUAUUCUGUCUUUCGGUAAGAUGAAGACCCUGGAUGUAGUGCCUCCACCUCCAGGAUUUCCUCCACUGAACAACCCAACUCCUCUCCCUUCCAACCGCUAUAAGACCGAACUGUGCCGCAGCUUCCAGGAGAAUGGCAGCUGUAAAUAUGGGAGCAAGUGUCAGUUUGCCCACGGAGAGCCUGAGCUACGUGGUUUGUAUCGGCACCCAAAAUACAAAACGGAGGCCUGUCGCACCUUUUACAACUUUGGCUAUUGUCCAUACGGAGCCCGGUGUCACUUCAUUCACGAAGAAAAACUCACCCCUUUGACCCAGAAGUUCCACAACCAAGAGCUAGCCGGUCAGAACCCACGUCAACUCCGACAGAGCGUCAGUUUCGCGGGUUUCCUGGGAUCGCGCAACUCUCCUCCCCCUGCUCUCCACGACCCCCUCGGCUUCACCCGUGCACCCUCGGUGUCACCGCCCCCGACAGACAUUCUCUCCCCGGUGUUCAGUGACACCCAACGCGAAGCGUUUCAGUUUACUCAGAGCAGACCCGGCGUUGGUGACAUCCACGGCGCCCCCCUGACUUUAGAGUCGCAGAAGCCUUCGCGUUGUAUUUGUGGUCACGGGAAUACUCAGAACAAAUUGUAUGCUAUGGAGGACCGCAGCAACGUCUACAUCACCCAGCCAAAUCUCCAGCGUUUCUCCUCUGAAGAUUCCCUCUCAGACCGGGAUAGUUACACCAGCACAGGCAGCACUAGUGGUUCAGACUCCCCUACCUUCGAUGGGGCUGGCAACAAGCGGCUCACCGUGUUUGCUCGCCUGUCCCUCUCUGACUAGAAAGCCAAAACCACAUAGAGACAAUCCAUGUCAGGGACCUUGAUCAACUUGAGGUCCUGCUAACACAUUAGAAAUCCUUUCAAUAUGAUGCGCAUCAACACUUUAAACUGUUAUUUUUUGUUUAUUUAUAUUAGUAAAUUACCUGCUCAGUGAAAUUUAUUUAGUACCCAAACUGAAAUCAGAAGCUGUAUAUUUUUAUACUAAUGUAUAUUUUAACUUUUCAUCUUGUCUUCCAUUAAUUGCUUUCUUUAAGAAUUGCCUUGAUGGUAAUUACUGUAAUGGAAGUCAAGUGCCUCUACACAACAAUCUAUAUGAGAAGAACUAGUAGCCUUACUUCAUCUUGAUUACUUCAAUUAGUCUUUUAUAUGUCCAUACAGGGGCAUUAGGGACCCCCCUCCAUUCAGUAAGCUGCCCAAAUUUUUUUUUCAGGUCUGUUUAUAUUUUUGGUUUUCAUGUGUAUGAACUGUUUAACAUUCAAACCAUCAGUCUGACUUGAAAAAAAUGAUAAGACAUUCACUCACUGUGAUAUGCACUUUAAAAUAGGUAUUGGGAGACUCGUUUCUCCAUGUAGCAUUUAACCAAAGCUUUAUACUUACAUAAAAUGUAUACUUUUUCAAACUUAUUUGCAUAAAAGCCGUUUUUCUUAUUUUUGGAUCAUAUAUUAACUCGUCUGUGACAAGUGAGUAGUGGCUAGUACACCAUCUUUGCCUGACACAGAUCUAGGAGGGGCUGUUUGCCUUUUUUUAGAUACCUGUUUUGUUGCAUAAAGUUUGGACAACCCUGGAUGCA